AUGCCUAGGAGAAAGAAAAUGACACUGCAACUGAUUGAGAAUUUUGUGACAAGAAAAACUCGUUACAGAAAAAAUCGGGAAAUUUUAUUGAAGAAGGUGGAAGAUCUUGCCACCCUUUGUGAUUUGAAUGCAUGUGUAAUCAUCUAUGGCCCAGGGGAUAACGAGCCAACUGUGUGGCCAUCUCGUGAGAUUGCUAAAGAGAUGCUCGACAAGUUUGAGAAUGCUCCAUUGUCGGACCGGGUAAGAAAAAAUGUUACCCCACAACUUUAUAUUCAGCAAAUGAAUAAAAAGAUUGAAAAUCAUAUUGUGAAACUCAAGAAGAAGAACGAUGAGAAAGACGUGUCAAAUUUCAUGCAUAAAAUACAUGAUGGUAAAUCUUUAUCUGAUUUUGAUGCUAGUGAUAUAUCUCGUUUGCUUUGUUAUGUGGAGGGGAAAUUGAAGUUUAUUGGAGUAAAAAAAUUUGAUCUUUCUGAGCAACUAUUGUCUACUGAACCUCCAACACCACCAGUUUCUUUUUCUCUACAGAAUGAUAUUGAUUCUUGUGCUGACACAGAUGAACAAGUUUUCCAACAACAAUCAUCCAUAGAUUCACCGAAAGAAACUGGUCAAAUGAAUAGUGAUUCUGAUAAUAAUAUAGCCAGCAACACAGGACUGUCACCAAUAUUACAACCAGAUGUUAGUGAUGUUGAUACUGUGUUGCCUCAAGUUAAUUUUGAAUGUUUGGAUUUGGAUGAUAUUGAUAUGGUGUUACCUUCAGGAAAUUUGGAUGGUCUGAUUGAUGAUAAUGACUUAGGGUUUGGGAUGUUGCCUGAAGAUAAUUUUGAAGAUCUUUGUGAUAGUAGUGAUUUAAGGCUUUUAUACCAGAGAUCUUCUGGUGAAAGUAGAGACAGUGACAUGUGGUCAUCUUAUGAAAGUUUUGGAGACCUGUUUAGUGAGAGUGAUAUGAUGUUGCCCUUCAAGCAUAAUGUUCAAGACAACAUUAAUGAAACUUUCAUAGCAACAAAUGUUGAAAAUCAGGAUGAAUCCAUUAACAAUAUUGAAGAGGGUCAUCAGCACACCUUUGGAGCCAACAAUGGUGGACCUAUCUUGAGGAAAUCCAAUACAAAUUUUGUUAGCACUACCAAUGAAGGAAACUUGAACUCUUGA